AUUGAAUUUUACUCAACCUAAAUCGCCAAUAUGAAAUUCUUGCUCGCAAUCGCCGCCGUCGUGGCCGUAGCCACCGCUGGCCCCGCUCACCGUAUGGUGUCCGUCGGUGCCACUGGACCCGCCCCGGUCAUCUUUGACCAGGAGUCUAUUGCCGUCGGACCCGCCAUCAUCGGCGCUGGAGACAUCGCUGUCGGCCCUGCUAUCGUCGACUUCCCUCUCCCCGACGGCGGUGCUGUGUCUGCCCCUGUUGAGCCUUCCCCCAUCGCCAUCGGACCCGCUAUUAUCGGUGAAUCCCCUAUCUCCGUCGGACCUGCCAUCGUUGAGGCCGGAGACAUCGCUGUUGGACCCGCUAUCAUCGACUUCCCCCUUCCCGACGGUGGUGCCGUGUCCGCCCCUGUUGAGGUUUCUCCCGUCGACUCCGUCGUCGUCGGCCCUGCCGCCGGCUCUCAGAGCUCUCCCCUCGUCCAGAUCAUCAUCAACGUUAAGGCCCCCGCUGGUGCCGGUCCCGUUGUCGAUGCCGUCGCUGACAAGCCCAUGGACAUCAUCGAUGUGAUGCCCGUUGUAGACCCCGUGCACAUUGUUGACCAGGUUGUUGACCCCGUCCAGGUUGUGGACACCCCCAUCGUGGUCGACCCCGUGCAGGUCGUUGACGUCGCCCCCGUCGCCAUCGGCACCCCUGUCCUCCCCGUCCCCGUCGUCCCAUCCCCCGCUAUUACCCUCCCCGAGGAACUCAACUAAAUAAUAUAAUUUAGUAUAGUUGAUGUUAUUAUCUACAACAUAAUUUGUCAAGCAAAACCUAUACUUAUUACCUGUACCUAAUGUAUAAAUUUAAACAUGAUAACUUCAACAAAUUUUAUUCAUAAAUUAAUAAAAUGCAAUAAGAUCUGUUA